CUUGGGAUCCAAGCCGCGUCUGCAACCUACAUCACAGCUUGUGGCAAUGCUGGCUCCUUAACCCCCUGAGCCAGGUCAGGGAUUGAACCUGCGUCUUAUGGAUGCUAAUCAGAUUCGUUUCGGCUGAACCACGACAGGCACUCCCAAGCUGUCUUUUUAACUGUGAACUUCCCCUGACAUAGCUGCUGAGGCUACCAUUCUGUUGUGACAAGACUCAAUUUGAGCAUUCCCCUUUUUCUUCCAAAUCUGUAGCCAUAUUACAGGCAGGAAAGAAAAUGAUGUUUUUCUUUUCAAGGGAGCAUUAGGUUCUGGUUAAAAAGAAAAAGGAAGGGGAGAUUUGAAGUUAUAUAACCUGGUUCAAAUCCAGCCUUCACCACUGGUUAAUUCCUAUAUUCAGUGUUUCAUUUAUUGUAGUUGUAAGCAUGCCACAGGUGCUAUAGUUAUUAAGCAUCUAGUCAUAGUUGCUGCAGCCAGCAUGUACACCGAAGGUGUCAACAUCUCAUUAUUCUGGAUCCUGUGGGGUCCUGGGUAUCUAUUGCAGUGUAACAAAUUGCUCCCAAACAUGUGGCUUGAACAGGUCUCUCUCCAGGUUUUGUGGGUUAACCGGGCGUAUGGAGACCCUUCUCCCUGGGGUUUCUGCCUGAGUUACAGUCACGUAUGGGCUGGGGCCGCUGCACUCACAGGAGGGGCCAGGGUGGAGCACACUGUGUCUUAUCCACAUGGCUGGCAGGGGGUGCUGGCUGUUGGCUGGGAACGCAGCUGGAGCUGUCGACUGGAGCACAUUGGCUUGUGCUUCUGCAGCCACGGUGGCAGGGUUGCAAGAGGGUGCUUCCCAAGAGGAAUGUUCCAGGAGUCCCAGAGGGAGCUGCUUAUAACCUAAGCCUGGAGCCCCCAGAACAUCAUGUCCCCACAUGCUAGUGGUCAGACAAGUCACCCAGGUUGGCCCAGUUUCACGGGGAAUGAGACCCCCACCUUUCCUCGAGGGACCCUCUAAGCUGUGUGGCCUCUUGAAUCUGACACGUUUGCGUGCAGCGGGGAGCCAGCACACAAUGACGGUUUUGUUAAAUUGCCACAUUAACAAGUUCAGAGCAGAAAAAGAAGCUCUGAUGAUAAGAGAGCUUUUAAUAGGGUGGUUUGGUCUGGAAAAAAGCCAGAGAAAGCUUCUUUGUGGAUGAAUAAGCUGAGCUGUGCAGGUCAAGUGGAGUGAGCCAGGUAAAGAAGGGAGGGCAGGAGACAACCCUUGCAAAUGUCCUGGGGCUGGACUGCAAGAAAGCUGGUGGAGCUAGAGCCCGAGUCUGAGGGAAUUGUGGUAAGAGUUAUGUUGACCCGCUUGGUGGUCCAGUGUCAGUUUUCUCAUUUAGAAAAUAGGAUCAUGUUUCUCGCAUGAGACUUUUGUGAGCAUGAACCUAAGGAUGGGUCGGUAAAGCCUUGCACAGUGAACUUUGUUUCCUCUUGGAAGCAGCAAGUAGCAAAUGCAAGAAGCAUGCCACCUGGCCCGUCUUCUCCAUCCGCUUCUCACUCAUCAUCUCCUUUCUUCAGGGUCAGAACUGAACCUACAGCUCAUGCCUUUAGAGUGGCAAGCGAUCCAUGAAGUCUUACCCAAACUGUGAAGUGCAGUCCUGGGGCUUGUGAAGAGUCCCAGUGAACUCCAGCCAUUGCCUGGCGAUUAUCUGUUUUAAAUGGACAACUGCUGCUGCCUCAGCAGCACCUGGGGGAUUGCACAAAGGCUAAAUUUCUUUGCCUGUUCACAGGGCUGAUUUGCAUGACUUUCCCCCAACUCUCUCCCCCCACCUGACCAGCUGUAGUUAACAGAUGCAUGCACUUGCAGCACACAGGACAUCCCCAACAAGAGAGAAUGUUCUGGUCCAAAAUGUGAGGAGUGCUAAGUCCAAAAGACCCCGCUCUUUUCCCAUCAUCUGGCACUUUCCUCUUGCUCCUAAGUCACCCUCGCUCUGGCUUCCUGGUGGUUCCCCCAGAUGCACCAGGCGCUGUCUUAUUUCAGAGUCCUCACAACUGCUGUUCCUUCUCCUCUGUCUGUUUUUCCCCAAAGUGGCCUUCCCUGGUCUCUAGGUCUCAGUGGGCCCCCACAGCCGCUUCUGCUUUCUCUUCAGAGCUCCUGCCUCAGUCUGCAAGGCUCCAUUCAUUUUUGCCACCACCCUCUGUGACCCUCCCUCCCGCCAGUCUGCAGGAGCAGCAAAGAUCUGGAUCACAGCUGUCUGGCUCACUGCUGUGUCCCCAGCUUCUGGCCCAGGGCCAGACACAUAGCUUGUUGAAAUUGGGGGAGGUUGAAAGUGAGGAGAGGAGAGGUUUUAGGACCAAAAAUCUUGGGAGUUCCCUGGUGGCCCCGUGGAUUAAGGAUCCAUUAUUGUCACAGCUGUGGCUUGGGUUUGAUCCCUGGCCUGGGAACUUUUGCAUGUUGCGGAUGCAGCUGAAAGAAGACUCAGAAAUCCUGGCUUCAGGUACCAAUUUCUAGCCUUGUGAUUUGGAGGAUACUUCCUCAAGCUCUCUGAGCCUCAGUUUUCUCAUCUGUACAAUGGGGUGAUCAUCACCCCCCUGACGGGCUUGCUGUGUGAGGCUCGUUUUCAGUGAUAUGUCGUGACGGCUGAAUAAACGGUAUACACCUUGGGAUGAUCUUUCCUCCCCAGGGGGCUGGUCCUGAUGCCCCCGGUUCGGGAGGCGGAGGCGGAGGGAGGAAUGGGAGCGGUUAACACCCAGACAUCCCUUUCUAGGCAGCUUCGCUUACCAGUGUGCCCUCCUCCUCGCCCCACUUCCGGUGUCGGGGCUCCUGUUGUGCAGGACCCACAGCCAAGCCCUGUGAUCACCCUGGAGACCCAGGAUGGCUACUUCUCCCACCGGCCGAAGGAGAAAGUGCGAACGGACAGCAACAACGAGAACUCGGUGCCCAAGGACUUUGAGAACGUGGACAACAGCAACUUCGCACCCAGGUCUCAAAAGCAGAAGCACCAGCCCGAGCUGGCGAAGAAGCCCCCCAAGGGACAGAAGGAGCUUCUGAAGCGGAAGCUGGAGCAGGAGGACAAGGGGAAGGGGCGUCCCUCCCCGGGGAAAGGUACCAACGAGGUGCAGCCUCCCGGCGAGAGAGCCGUGGUGAACGGCAGCCGCGGGAAGGACCCCCCCAGACAACCCCCCGCCCGGAAGGGCGGGGCCGGCUCCCCCGAGCUCAGGUCUGACCAGCCCCUCAAGUGCGACAUCUCGGGCAAGGAGGCCAUCUCUGCCCUGUCCCGCGCCAAGUCCAAGCACUGCCGCCAGGAGAUCGGGGAGACCUACUGCCGCCACAAGCUGGGGCUGCUGAUGCCGGAGAAGGUCACUCGGUUCUGCCCCCUGGAAGGCAAAGCCAACAAGAACGUUCAGUGGGACGAAGAUUCGGUGGAGUAUAUGCUGGCCAACCCGGUCAGAAUCGCCUUCGUCCUAGUGGUCCACGGCCGCGCCUCUCGGCAGCUGCAGCGCAUGUUCAAGGCCAUUUACCACAAGGACCACUUCUACUACAUCCACGUGGACAAGCGCUCAAAUUACCUGCAUCGGCAAGUGCUGCAGUUCGCAGCGCAGUACAGCAACGUCCGCGUCACCCCCUGGAGGAUGGCCACCAUCUGGGGCGGAGCCAGCCUCCUGUCCACGUACCUGCAGAGCAUGCGGGACCUCCUGGAGAUGACCGACUGGCCCUGGGACUUCUUCAUCAACCUCAGCGCCGCCGACUACCCCAUCAGGACAAAUGACCAGCUGGUGGCAUUUCUCUCUCGAUACCGAGACAUGAAUUUCUUGAAGUCACAUGGCCGGGACAAUGCAAGGUUCAUCCGGAAACAGGGCCUGGACCGGCUCUUCCUGGAGUGUGACGCCCACAUGUGGCGCCUGGGGGACCGGCGGAUCCCAGAGGGCAUUGCGGUGGAUGGCGGCUCGGAUUGGUUCCUGCUAAACCGGAAGUUUGUAGAGUAUGUGACAUUCUCUACCGACGAUCUGGUGACGAAAAUGAAGCAGUUCUACUCGUACACCCUGCUUCCUGCCGAGUCCUUCUUCCACACAGUCCUGGAGAACAGCCCCCACUGCGACAGCAUGGUGGACAACAACCUGCGUAUCACCAACUGGAACCGCAAGCUGGGCUGCAAGUGCCAGUACAAGCACAUUGUGGACUGGUGCGGCUGCUCGCCCAACGACUUCAAGCCGCAGGACUUCCACCGCUUCCAGCAGACAGCCCGGCCCACCUUCUUUGCCCGCAAGUUCGAAGCGGUGGUGAAUCAGGAAAUCAUCGGGCAGCUGGACUAUUACCUGUACGGGAACUACCCGGCGGGCACCCCGGGCCUGCGCUCCUACUGGGAGAACGUCUACGAUGAGCCGGACGGCAUCCACAGCCUGAGCGACGUGAUGCUGACCUUGUACCAUUCUUUCGCCCGCCUGGGCCUCCGCCGAGCCGAGGCGUCGCUGCACGCAGAGGGGGACAAUAGCUGCAGGUACUAUCCGAUGGGCCACCCGGCAUCUGUCCACCUCUACUUCCUUGCCGACCGUUUCCAGGGCUUUCUGAUCAAGCAUCAUGCUACCAACCUGGCCGUGAGCAAACUUGAGACUCUGGAGACGUGGGUGAUGCCGAAGAAAGUCUUCAAGAUCGCCAGCCCCCCCAGUGACUUCGGGAGGCUUCAGUUUUCCGAGGUCGGCACUGACUGGGAUGCCAAGGAGAGGCUCUUCCGCAACUUUGGGGGUCUCCUGGGGCCCAUGGACGAGCCGGUGGGCAUGCAGAAAUGGGGGAAGGGCCCCAACGUGACCGUGACCGUCAUCUGGGUGGAUCCCGUCAACAUCAUCGCAGCCACUUACGACAUCCUGAUUGAGUCCACUGCCGAAUUCACCCACUACAAGCCACCUUUGAACUUGCCCCUGAGGCCUGGGGUCUGGACAGUGAAAAUUCUCCACCACUGGGUGCCAGUGGCAGAAACCAAAUUCCUCGUGGCGCCUCUGACCUUCUCCAACAGGCAGCCCAUCAAAGCGGAGGAGGCACUGAAGCUGCACAGUGGGCCCCUCCGCAACGCCUACAUGGAGCAGAGCUUCCAGAGCCUGAACCCCGUCCUCAGCCUGCCCAUCAGCCCGGCCCAGGUGGAGCAGGCUCGCAGGAACGCCGCCUCCACCGGCGCCACGCUGGAGCGCUGGCUGGACUCCCUGGUAGGCGGGGUGUGGACCGCCAUGGACAUCUGUGCCACAGGCCCCACCGCCUGCCCCGUCAUGCAGACCUGCAGCCAGACAGCCUGGAGCUCCUUCAGCCCCGACCCCAAGUCGGAGCUGGGGCCAGUCAAACCCGACGGCCGGCUCAGGUAGCACUGAGCACGCAGGGGGCCCCAGCGGAUCUCAAAGGAAAGCAGCCAGAGGGCUGGUGGGACCUGGCCCCAGCCUCCCAUCCCCCUGCCCGACCCCGGGGGGCGGGGGGGAGGCACCUUUUGGGAGAGGGCCUCUCCUGGCCGUAGAAGGAUGGAGAAGGACGGUUUGGAGGCCAAAGCAGGUUCUGCCAACCACCUGCACUCGGCAAGCUGGCCCCCGGGGGCGGGGGUGGCUCAGUCCCCGCGCCGUGGCAGUCUUGCCUCUUCUGGCUGAUUCUCAAGUCCGGCAGGUUCCUUGUCUUCCCCUCAAGGACCCUCCACCCCGACCCCAGACAAGUGAUUCCCAGACUUUUACUUUGAGCAGCAGAUCUUUGUUUACUAAGUCGCAGGUGGAGGCUCAAGGAGCAGAGGAAAUCCAGGCCGCUCUGGUGGAAGCUGAGAGCGUGAGGUUCUUUCUCCAAGCUCAGCCCCCCGGGCGGUCCCCCUGGCCCCAGGCGUUCUCCUAAGGUACCUCUUCAGAACCCAAGGGCUCUGCCAAACUAGUUGGAAAAGCACUGCCCAGAGGGUGGGUUUGAUCUCCAGCCCCGCCCUUCGGCUCCUCUUCCUGCCCCUGUGGGCCGGGAAACCCUUGUGCCAGCCCUGAAGUGACAGGCUGCGAUUGUCACGCUCGUGGGGCCCUCCCCAUAGAGGUAGCAGGUUUGGCAGGUGGGGGGGCCCUAAGCCAGCCCUUCGAGUUCAGCCAUUCUCCUUAAUAACUCAGUGAGUAGGAGAGCCUUUUGAUGUGACCUGGCCAAGGUCCACCCAGAGUGUGACUGCCAGACGUCCUGAGUUCCCGGCCACGCUCCCUUGAGGCAGAAACGGCACGAUCCUUCUGAGCACGAGCGUCCAAUCUCCUAGCCAUUCAUGGGCCGGGAGAUCAAGAUCAUGACCCCUCUGGGCCUUGACCGUGGGAACUCUGGGGACCGCGGCCAUGAAACUCAAAGAGAGGUGAUGGGAGCCAGACUGAGCUGGACGGCACAGCAAUACCCUUCCCCCGCCUGAGCCCUUGGUCCCAAGGUCUGAUGCACGGAACCUCCGGGAAGCGCGCGCAGUGCUGCUGGGAGCGACCAGGCUGCACGGAACAAGACUUUUCACAGCCAGGAAACAGCAUUUCAGAUUUGGUUUUUCGAUUCAUGCCCUUCCUUGUCAGAGGGGCCAACGGGCCCGUCUGACACGCAGCGUAAAAGUGGGAAGCUCGCGUAGCUGGUUGUUUAAAACCUAAAGCGUAGUGUUAUUCAAAUUGCUUGAGUUACUAGAAACCCAAAGGGUUUCCUCGCCAUGUGCCCUUCGGAGGACCCCACCCCCCACCCCCCAGCUCAUCCAGAGAGCCCCUCCCCGGGGCCCCCAUCCUCCACGGCUCCUCCCUUCCCCCAAAGGACGGGGGUCCCUUGGAAAAGUCCCCAGGUGCACCCUCCCCCUCCCGCAGCGAGCCAGUCCUCGCGGGACUCCUCUCCUGCGUGGGUUCGAAGGUACUGCCCUUGGCCCCCGAUGACCUGUCAGCUGUCCCCCCCAAGACCCCCCACCCCGCCCAGCAAGGCAGGAUGUCCUGUGGGCCAUGGAGGAUACAGAGAAGGGACACUUUAGAUAUUUAUUAUUUAUAUGUUUUAGUCAAUGACUAAUUAGUAGGUGCUGUUUUUGCAGCUUGUCAAUUAUGUUAUCUUACUAACUGAAGCUGCCUUUAUUCACAAAAGGCCCCCGCCCCCCCAGCCCUUCACCUCCCUCCCCCUCUCAUCCCCCAGCCCCUCUGGUCUCUGUCUCUCUCUUGCCCUGUCAAUCUCUCUCUCUCUCUGUCUCUCCCUGUCUGCCCUGCAUUCUCCGUGUCCUCAGUGGAAAGCAGGGGAGUUGGAUACCACGAGGACAGUGCUUCAACCAGCAGCACCAUGGCUAGAAGGGGGGUGCCCUUGGGGACAGGGGCACCAGGCUUGAUGUUAGCCUCAAUUACCAUCCCCCACCCCCACCCCCGGUUCUGGGUGUUAGAAUUCCUGAGCCAUGCUGCUGCCCACAAGGCCGGCGACUUGGAGGGAGGCCGAGCUGCCGCCACCGAGCCAUCCCUGCUUCCUCCAUCACUGCCCACCCGCGGCCAGCCUAACCUCAGGCCUCCAUGGGACGCGACAGGAUGGCAGAGGGAAAGACAUCUAUUUUAGGAUGAGGGUGAGGGGUCAGACCGGGCCGUGAGCACCAGGAGCUAGUCCAGCGCCUCCAAGGAGCUCAGCGUGGCUUUCUCAGGAAGCUCGCAUGAGCUCCACUGGUUUUACAAGCUCUCUGGGAGCCCAGAGGCCAUGUCACGUCCUCUCUCUGCCUCUGGCCGCUCCUUCUGCUCCGGGUCCCCCAGGGAGCCGGCCCUUCGCCCUCCUCGCCAGACCUACAGGACUCUGUGUCCUCCGCAGUGUCAUUUGUGGUGGCUUUGGGGGCUCAGUCCGGGCACGGCCCAGCGCACAGAAUGUGCCCUCAGACUCCUCAACUCGAACCCCUCCUGCCUCUUGACAUUGCUGACUCCUGUCGCUUUCGGGAACUGGUGGGGAAAUGGCAGAGCCGGCUUCCUGGGGGACGGUCCCCACCCCUCCCCAGCCUGGGCCUCCCUCCCCACCCCACCACCGCCAGGAGACUGGGAAGCUGAGCAGCCUCACGGAGGCUCCCCAUUGUCUCUGGUUUGAACCAGAACUUUGAAGAUGUUCUCUUUGGUUUGAAGGGGAAAAGGGAGGCUUUCAAAGCCCAGGACAGUUUGCGCAAAGGUGACGUUCUUCCAGGGGAAAGAGUUUAACUCGUUUUUUUUUUUUUUUUUUUCAAUCUGCCCGAGAGUGAUGUAUUGGUUAGAGGCCACUGGUCAGGCAGCCUUGAGCUCUGGAUGUGAGGGUUUCAAAACCAUUGAAUGUGGUCUCUGAAAACCUGUUACAGGAGCAGAGAGACUGGGGGCGGGUCUUAGAGGUAGGACAGGGGUCUGGGGCAGGACGCAGUCAAUAGGCUGCAGCAGUUUCCCACUCACCCUGUAACAUUCAGGCAGAAACUGCACUCAGCGGGUGGACAACCUUCCCAAGUCCGGCCCACUCCACCUGCUGCACAGCGGUCUUAAGGUGUCAGCAGUUCACAGACCCUCAUAUUUUAAGACGUACACACGCUUCUCCCUUUGGAAAAAGGACUUCAUUUGUUGUUGUUAGUGUAACUUUUUUUUUUUUUUUUUCCUGCACCCGCAGCAUGCAGAAGUUCCCAGGUCGGGGAUGGAAUCCGAGCCACAGCAGUGACACUAGGCCACCAGGGAACUCCUAGUUUCAUUUUUAAGAUGGGGUUUAGAGAGGAGGGCGGAUUAUAGCAGCUCUGGGCACAUGCUGGGGUCGGGGGGAGACCGUGCUUCCUUCUGGUUCUCUAGUUUACAGGUGCAAGGAUAGGACCCCGGCUGGAACCUUGUUCUCUUUCCCAAGAAGGUGCAGAGGAGUUCCCUCUGUAGCAUAGCGAGAUCAGUGCUGUCUCUGGAACACUGGGGCGCAGGUUCAAUCCCUGGCCAGGCACAGUAGGUUAAGGAUCGGUGUAGCUGCAGUUGCAGCAUAGAUCACAACUGCAGCCAAGAUCUGAUCCCUGGUCUGGGAACUCCAUAUGCUGAGGAGCAGCCAAAAACAGGAAAAAAAUAAAAAAGGUGCAAAGGAGAGGAGAAGUGUAGCUGCUGGGUAUGGGCCCUGAGCAAAGACCCCUUUCACAGCCAAGUUCACUGGGGACUCAGGACCCAAGCUCCCCCAGCAGCACCCCCUCGGGCUAUAUUAGAAACAGCCAUUGGCAAAGGCCCGCCAAAUCGAAGUCACUCCCUAUGGCUGGGGUCCAGGACAUAAGCACAGAUGAGUGAAGCAAUUGGUACAAGACAUUAGAGAGUGGUGGGGAUUGCAGUCUGUGGCGUGCACGUGACCCAGGCCAAAAACAGCUGCAGCUCAGCUCCAUUCUGUCAUUGCAUUUGAGGAUCCAUGCGUGGUGCAGCAGAAUCUUCUUGGUAAGGGAAGCCAGAUUUUUAUAAGAAAUCUGAUUUUUAAAUGGUAGUUAGGUUUUUUCUUUUUGUUUUUAACAGAGUAUAGGCAAAGGGAAACUUCACAGCCAGCCUCUGCACUGCCAGCAACCUCUGCUCUCUGGAGAGGUGGUUUAUUUACCUUUUAAUUUUUUUUUUUUUUAAUUUUGGCCACCUCCAUGCAUGGGAAGUUCCCAGGCCAAGGAUUGAACCUGCACCACCGCAGCGGCCCAGGCCACUGAAGUGACGGCACCAGAUCCUUAACCCACUGUGCUACAAGGGAGCUCCUGGAGAGAUGAUUUUAGAGGAAGUUAGGCAUUUCCUGGUGGAGGAGGAAAAAGCCAGAUUUGGAAGAGGCCAAAGUAAUAGCUUAUGUUGAAGUCUCAAAGGAAUGGGGACUUCGUACUCCUCAUUCCCAUCCCAAAGAAACGGUCCCACAGAGAAGUGUCCCAUGACAACUGGCUUGUUCAGCUCUUUUGGUUGCAAGACAGUUUGUGCUGAAAGGAAAGUGGAACUGAACUGAGAGACUCAAGAGCUGCCCUUGGACAUACGGAGGUCCCCAUAGGCCCAGUCCCCACGUUCCGGAGUUCCACUGCGCCAGGUGGAGAGGUCCAGGACAGGGUCCAGGAGGAGGGGGUGGCGUGUCAAACAGCCCGGCUCUCUCCAGCUCCCGGGUUUUAGCAACCAUCUUGCCACAGGUCUGGAAGCAUCCUCAGAAGCUGCCCCGGGGCGGGGGGCAGAGAGAGGGGCUCCCCUCUGCUUCUGCCUCACUUUCCUUCCUCUGCCCAUGGGUCAAACACAGGCGCUACCUCAUGUGUCUGCUGAGACGUUUACCUGGGGGGCGGGGGGAGAAUAAAGGUGUCCACAUCUGCUGGAGCUGAAUGUAUAAUCUAUGCAAAUUCUGUCUCUCUUUCUUUGUCUGUCUGUCUGUCUGUCUCUCUCUCUCUCGAAGUAUUUUUUUUUUAACCUUGCAAACAAGAUACUGUAUAGACCCCCCCCCCCCUUAAGACUGAGGAGGGCUUUCGUGCACCACCUGCAUCUACCCCUCACGUUGUCCUUGGUUCUGUCCUUGCCAAGCCCCAGGCAGGGAGAAAGUGGCCCUCCCUUCCCACUCCCCUCGGCCGGGAACACACCACCCGCCCCUUCCUGCAGACCCCACAGGAGAGCAGGUUCUGCACCUUCCCGCCUCCAUUCCCAGCUCCAUCCUCUCUGUGCCUCUCUUCCCCUCCCCCUCCCAUCUCUGCCCCCCCCAAGCCUUAGGUUUCUCUUUUGUGAAAUGUGGCCUUAAAAUUAUUUUUGGAAAGCUGACCCCUCUCCCCCUCCCAUUUCCACCACCAUCCAAGAAGCAUGAGCAUCUUGAGGAGCAACCUCCUGAGCGAGGGGGCUGCCGAGCUGUAGCUUGGCAGAUGCAACAGAAAUGGCUUGUGUGUGUCAUCUGGAAGGAAAAAAAGAAAAAAAAACCUCAUAUGUUUUCUAUGGGUAAAAUGAAGGCUUGGGUGCUCAGCUCAACCUCAGCCAGCUUCCGAAGCCUUUUUCCUCGAGCCGAUCUCGCUGUCAUGGGCUGGCUUGGUACCCGCAGAGCGCUCACAGGGGCUUGCCACCCCUUCCCUCCCCCAGAGACUCGGUGACUUUCUGUACUUCGUUCAAGGGAAAACCAGGAGAGUUUCUCAGUUUAUCUCUUCAUCCUUCCUGCCUGGAAAGGGACAGCAUUAAACAUUCCCAGUGGAUGGGUCGCGUUUUCAAAGACUUUACCCUCUUUUCAGAGUCCAUCCAUUUCCCUCCCAUUGCUCCAGGGCUGAUGGAGGCCAAAGACAACCCCAGGGUUUUCAUAGGAAAUUCACUGGAAUUGAGCGCAAUUGUCUUUGUCGUCUUUUUUUUUUUUUUUAAAUCUUAUUCUGUUGUUGACAGCGUUUGGGUAUUUUUUUAGAGGCCUCACGAUAAGUUAUUACCGUUCCCCUCUUUGUUUUUCAAAGACAUGUGGUGAUAUAGUUUUUAAAAAUAACUAUUUUGUUAUAGAUCAUAAUAUGCAUAAAACUGUACAGAAAUAUUUUGUAAUGUAUUGAUUUUAAAAAAAAAGAGACGCUGUAAAUAAAGUUUAAAAAAAAAACAAGAGACUUCAAAUGGCACACACUGAAAGAUGUAGAUAUUUUGCUAUUUAUUUAAAGGAGUAUUUUAAGAGAUACUGAACUAUCUGAAAUUGACCAGUAAUCAAAGUUCCAAUCAUCCCGAGUGCUUUUCCUCGCGGUAGAAUGUGAUUCUCGGAAACGAUUGCACUACCCGCCCAUUUUUGCACCUUUUCUGUCUUUUCAUUUAGCAGAAAAACAACAAUGAAAUUGUGCCUUAGCUGUAUUUUUUUGUCUAGGGGAGUUUGUUUCUGUCUGACAAAGCAAAGUUUUUUGCAGAAAACAGUGGAUGUAUUAAAUACUGUAUCAUACCAAAAACACUGCAGGUGUAUAGAUGCUUUCUGUCAUACUGUGUUUUCAGAUGCAGAAUUUUAAAAUUAAAAAAAAAAAAUACUGUCUUUAUGGAA